AUGACAAUAACACGCUAUUUGAAACUUUACAUUAAACAGGUGGAGUCACGAACCAACUGGUCUCAACUGGUUCGCGUUAUCUCAGAUGAAGCAUGCCUGACACUAGGAGAUGUCUCUUGGCACUUCCCAACAGUGUCGCAGCCAGAGCUGGGAACCCAAGCCCUGUGCAGCAUCAGCAGCAUGUUUGCAGUGUGGAUCACUACUCUUUUUCUUCUUGAUGCGGCCAGAGGAAGGGAAGUUUGCUACAAAAGGCUUGGGUGCUUUACAGAUAACCCCCCUUGGGCUGGGAUACCAGGGAGAGAACUGGCAGGCUUGCCCAGCUCUCCAGAAGAUGUGAAUACCAAUUUCUUCCUUUACACUAGAGACAACAUCAAGAAAUAUCAAAUAAUUUCUGCCUCAAAUUCUUCAACUAUCAAAGCUUCAAAUUUCCGAACAGACAGGAAAACUCACUUCAUUAUACAUGGCCACCUUGUUGGAGCAGACUUCCCCUGGAUGACAAAUAUAUGCAGGUUCAUGUUUCACACUGAAGACGUGAACUGCAUUUUGACCGACUGGAGAGGCGGCUCUAGCGGUUUGUACACCGAAGCCGUUAACAACGUCCGCAUUGUGGGGGCUGAGCUGGUCUAUCUGGUGAACCUUCUUGAGAAAGACUAUGGCUCCUCUCCUGCCGACAUUCAUUUCAUCGGCCAUAGUCUCGGAGCACACGCUGCAGGGGAGGCAGGGAGAAGGAAACCUGGCAUUGGAAGAAUAACAGGUUUGGAUCCAGCUGGUCCCCUUUUUGAGUACACUCCCACAACGGUUAGGCUGGAUCCUUCAGAUGCAAAAUUCGUUGAUAUAAUUCAUACCCACGCUGGCCAUCUUUUCUUUGACUUUGCUCCAGGGAUUCUUCAAACUUGUGGCCACCUGGAUUUUUACCCAAAUGGUGGGAAGAGGAUGCCAGGAUGCAGGCAGCUUCGUGUACCUGCUGCAACUCGGAAUAUCAAUGACCUUAUGAAAGCAUAUAGAUCUAUUGGAUGUGGACAUAAAAGAGGUCUCCGAUAUUAUGUUGAGAGUAUUAUCACUCCCCAUGGAUUUGUUGGGUAUCGGUGUGAAACAUACCGAGCUUUUGUAUUG